AGAGAGAGAAACAGAGCAAAAAAAUGGCUUCUUAUUUCAGAGUUUUUCUUUUCUUAGCCUUUUUUGCUGCUUCUUCCAUAGCUCAAUCUCCAGCUCCGGCCCCAAAAAUUUCUCCGGCAGCAACUCCAACUCCGGCGCCGGCACCGGUAUUAGCUCCGCCGACCGCAACUCCAACUCCAUCUCCAACUCCAACUGCGACUCCAACCCCGGCACCGUCUACCGCUCCCACUACUUCACCGACUCCAUCUCCGGCAGCUUCCGCAACUUCUCCAUCUCCAUCUCCGUCUGGCGCCGGCGCUGUUUCACCAUCGGCACCUACUCCUACAGGUGGUGCACCGGCGGAUCAGCCUUCAGCCGACAACACGCCGUCGUCGCCUAACGCCGGUAACAGAGCCGUCAUUGGCGGUGCUGCAUUCGCUGGCGUGAUCAUCGCUGCUGCUUUGCUGUAGAGGCGACACGUGUACUAACACGUGUUUUGUUCUUUUGAUGGACGGACGAGAUCUGUUUUGUAAUACUUAUCUUUUUAAUUACUUUUGUGAUUUAUUUGUUUGGUACAUUGUGGGUUUUUUUUUUUUUUGUUAAUUAUAUUUUUCAUUUUAGAGUGAAUCAUUCAUCAUCCCUAUGUACAUUUCAAGUGAAAUAAAUUUGAGUUUUUAUUCUUUUUGUUA